AUGAUGAGAAUAGCCAAUGCAAGUUCUCCAGAAGUAUUUAUACUCCUGGGCUUCUCAGCACGACCUUCCCUGGAACCUAUUCUUUUCAUCUUUGUCUUAAUUUUUUAUGUUGUGUCUAUUGCGGGUAAUAGCAUCAUCAUACUGGUCUCAUGCAUGGACGUGCGUCUCCACACACCCAUGUAUUUUUUUCUCACUAACCUCUCCUUUCUGGACAUUACUUUCAUCACAAGUAUUGUUCCACAACUCUUGGUCAACCUGUGGGGACCAGAAAAAAUCAUAAGCUAUGAAGGGUGUGUGGUUCAAUUCUAUAUCUCUCAUUGGAUGGGAGCAACAGAGUGUGUGCUAUUAGCAGUCAUGUCUUAUGAUCGCUACACUGCCAUCUGCAGGCCACUCCACUACGCUGUUAUCAUGCAACAACAUCUUUGUGUGGGUCUGGCCUUUACCUCCUGGCUCGGGGGUCUGAUCACCAGCCUGGUGGGCUCUACACUCACUAUAUUGUUACCGUUAUGUGGGAAUAAUCAUAUUGAUCACUUCUUUUGUGAGAUGCCUCUUAUUUUGCAACUAGCUUGUGUGGACACCAGCCUCAAUGAGAUAGAGAUGUAUCUGGCCAGUUUUAUUGUUGUUGUUUUGCCUCUGGGUCUUAUCUUGGUUUCAUAUGGCCACAUUGCUAGAGCGGUGCUGAAGAUCAGGUCAGCAGAAGGGCGAAGGAAGGCAUUCAACACCUGUUCUUCCCAUGUGGCAGUCGUAUCUCUGUUUUACGGGAGCAUUAUCUUCAUGUACCUUCAGCCGGCCAAAAGCAAUUCUCAUGAGCAAGGAAAAUUUAUAGCUCUUUUCUACACAGUAGUAACUCCAAUGCUGAACCCAUUGAUUUACACACUGAGAAACAAGGAUGUAAAGAGAGCACUCAAUCACAUUUUAUUAGAAAACUGUUGUGGUUUUGCAGAAAAAUGA